AUGAGGGAGGUCAACUUCAGCAUCCCGAACGUCAACAAGGCGUCGGUGGGUAUCACCACCGCGCUUUACGAUCGUCGUGCUCUCGAUUGUACCUCGACCCUCCCGCUCAUCAACUCCCUCAACCACCUUGCCUACUUGACAACAUCGUCGGCACGCAUAAGAGACAUUCUUACCGUCGAUGGUGGCAUCGAGAGGCUGAUCUGCAUCCUGAAGCAAGGCAGGAGCAAGGAUAUGAUGGACAUGUGGAAGUGGAACUUGGCAUUUCAGUGCGUCGUCAACAUCGGCGUUCGUGGAACCGAGAACGUACGGACGAGAGUGGUUGAAGCCGAUAUGGUCCCUGUCAUCGCCACCAUCCUGGACAACUACCUUCAAGUUCACGAGAAAUGCCGCGAAAAGCAGGAAGAGGCCAAGAAACAAUUUCAAGAGCAUCGUAACCGCGAGCAUCGGUCAAAGUCCACAAGCUUCGCGAAUCGUCCGGGCCGCCUGGAUGUCGAUCAAAGGACAUUCCGACGACACGCACCUCCUCCAUCCAUUGACGUUUCAGCUACACUUCCUGUCGGGCCCUUAGCAGAUACCGGGUCGGUUCUGGACGGGAGUUCAGGCAACGGUGAGCCAUCUGGCUCACAGCCCUCCGUCGUCAACACAACGCCUGACCGCACCAAUACUGUUCUUCAUCGCAAUUUACAUCAGUAUCAUCCCCCUAGCCACCACAGGAUUCAAGAGACGCAAUCUACGUUUUCUUCGCCAUCACAGCCUGCCCAGUCCUCUGCUUCAAACACUCCGUUGCCCAUGGACAACGCAGCAGACGCCGUCAGACCUGUUCGAGACAUCGACAGGCUGGCGUCUAUGAUGUCUUUUGUUCAUCCCUCCAUCGUGUCCCAGCCAGUUUCCCCGACCACCCCCCUUCCUCCCCCACAAAUCAGGUCACCGACAGUUCGUCCUAGCUCUUCUAUCGGCCAGACAAUCCGCUCUCGAAGACGACCUUCGAUCCGACACCAAAACUCGACAGCCGAUUCGGAUGACAUGAACACUGACGGUGUACAAUCGGACGAGUCCCCGGAUACCGAGAUGUCUGGCACCGCUGAGAUCCCACCUGCCGUUAACAUCCAGGACAUGUCAAUGGAGGAGGGAGAGAGUAUCUUGGCUGAGGCGGCGAUCGAUAUGGCGACUCCCAGUGCUUCCGAAACACAAGAGGCUGGCACGUUUAAUAUCACACACAGAGGCCCCGUGGAUGGGAGCAUCGGUAAUGCGGCGGCCGCUACACCAGUUCCUGCCAUUGCCGGGCUCUCUGAGAGCCGACCAACCAUCGUUCCGCCACCCCAGCCCUCGAUGCAAGGCUCCGUCAUCCCACGUUAUCUGCUUGAUCGCCAGAUGAUCCCCAACAACCCGCUGAUCCUGGCUGCGAUGCCUCGCGAGGAGGAUGUGCUCAUGUCAUUGCAACUCCUUGCAUAUGUUUCCAAGUACUGUAACCUGCGGCUAUACUUUCAGAAAAGUCACUUGGUACCCCACCUCAAGAUUGGCAAGGAAAUAGACCGCCUGGACGCGGAUAACUUGGAGUCGGAGUCUCUGUCCGAUUUCGAGGAUGACGACGAAGAUGACGAUGAGUGUGAGGAAGAGUUUUUGCUCCCUAACGACCUCAACAUCUUCCCCUUGGUCGAGAGGUUCACCACCCGAUACCACUCGACAGAUAUGCAAUACUGGGCCGGCGUGGUUAUGAGAAACCUCUGCCGCAAAGAUGAUACACGAGGCGGUAUCCGGCAGUGCGCAUACUACCAGUGCGGCAAAUGGGAAGAGUACACCCGCCAGUUCGCCAAGUGCCGGCGAUGCAGGCGUACUAAGUAUUGCAGCAAAGAGUGCCAGAAGAGCGCAUGGGCGUUCCAUCGCCACUGGUGCAUCGCCGCGGCUUCAUGA